CAGCCUCGGCCGACGAGCAAGUAGCUCCGAGCAGCGGCUUCCUAGGCGCGCGGACGCGGACCGGGACCCCGCGCUCUGGGGGUUCCGCGCCCGAGCCAUGCCCGGCAGCCGCGCGUAAUCGCCGUGCCCGGUUGCCGCCGACCCGAUUCUGUACGAGGUCCCUCGCCCAAGAGUCCAGCUUUUGGUGCACUCAACUCCCUUGGUCUUGGCCGGCCGCUCGCAACCAUGCCCCGUGUGACUGCGCUCGGGGCCCUUGUGCCAUUGCUGCUGCCUCUCCUGCUUCUGCUGCUGCCGCUACCCCGCGACGCCGCGGGGCUCGGGGAGCGCUCGGACGCCACCUGGGACUCCUCGGCGCUGGAAGGCGAGGAGAGCGCGGAGCAGCAGCUGGAACAUUACCAUGACCCGUGCAAAGCCGCUGUCUUUUGGGGAGACAUUGCCUUAGAUGAAGAGGACCUGAAGUUAUUUCACAUCGACAAAGCCCAUGACUGGGUCAAGCAGUCAGUGGAGGACAUGGGACACAGCACAGGUGGGCUUGGAGAGCAGCCAUCUGGGAGCUGGCCGAAUGCUACAGCCACGAAUGCCAGCAACGAGGAAGCCAGAGAGGAUGGAAAGGAGAACGCCCUGCUUCCACAGAGCCCUGGGACCUUGCAUGCUGGAGCUGAGACCUUCUCUCCCCGGGUCCGAAGAGCCACAACCUCAAGGACAGAGAGGAUAUGGCCAGGAGGGGUCAUCCCGUACGUCAUUGGCGGGAACUUCACUGGAAGCCAGAGGGCCAUUUUUAAGCAGGCCAUGAGACACUGGGAGAAGCACACCUGCGUGACCUUUAUCGAGAGGACAGAUGAAGAGAGCUUCAUUGUGUUCAGUUACAGAACGUGUGGCUGUUGUUCCUAUGUUGGGCGUCGAGGUGGAGGCCCACAGGCCAUAUCCAUUGGAAAAAACUGUGACAAGUUUGGCAUUGUGGCCCACGAGCUGGGCCAUGUGGUUGGGUUCUGGCAUGAACACACCCGGCCAGACAGAGACCAGCAUGUAACCAUCAUCAGAGAAAACAUCCAGCCAGGUCAGGAGUAUAAUUUCUUAAAAAUGGAAGCUGGGGAAGUGAGCUCUCUGGGAGAGAUGUACGACUUCGACAGCAUCAUGCACUAUGCCCGGAACACCUUCUCAAGAGGAGUUUUCUUGGACACCAUCCUCCCCCGACGAGAUAACAACGGUGUCAGGCCAACCAUCGGCCAGCGCGUGCGGCUCAGUCAGGGAGACAUAGCUCAAGCCAGGAAGCUGUACAAAUGCCCAGCAUGUGGGGAGACCCUGCAGGACACGAUGGGGAACUUUUCUGCACCUGGUUUCCCGAACGGCUACCCUUCUUACUCCCACUGUGUCUGGAGGAUAUCAGUCACUCCAGGGGAAAAGAUUGUCUUAAACUUCACAUCCAUGGAUUUGUUUAAAAGCCGCCUGUGCUGGUACGACUACGUGGAGGUCCGGGAUGGUUACUGGAGAAAAGCCCCCCUGUUGGGUAGGUUUUGUGGCGACAAAGUCCCAGAGCCCCUCAUCUCCACGGACAGCCGGCUCUGGGUGGAAUUCCGAAGCAGCAGCAACAUCCUGGGCAAGGGCUUCUUCGCGGUAUAUGAAGCUACCUGUGGGGGAGACAUUAACAAAGACGCCGGUCAGAUUCAAUCUCCUAACUAUCCGGAUGAUUACAGACCUUCCAAGGAAUGUGUUUGGAGGAUUACCGUUUCGGAGGGGUAUCACGUGGGGCUUACCUUCCAAGCUUUUGAGAUCGAAAGGCAUGAUAGCUGUGCAUACGACUACCUGGAAAUCCGUGACGGCUUCACAGAAGACAGCGCCCUGAUCGGCCACUUCUGUGGCUGUGAGAAGCCAGACGGUGUGAAGUCCAGCUCCAAUAGAAUGUGGAUGAAGUUCGUGUCCGACGGCUCUAUCAAUAAAGCUGGCUUUGCAGCCAAUUUUUUCAAGGCAGAGGUGGAUGAGUGUUCCUGGCCAGAUCACGGCGGGUGUGAGCAGCGCUGCAUGAACACUCUGGGCAGCUACAAGUGCAUGUGUGAGCCUGGCUAUGAGCUGGCUGCUGACAAGAAGGCCUGUGAAGUGGCCUGUGGCGGUUUCAUUACCAAGCUGAAUGGAACCAUCACCAGUCCCGGGUGGCCGAAGGAGUACCCUACGAACAAAAACUGUGUCUGGCAAGUGGUGGCCCCCACUCAGUACCGGAUCUCCCUUCAGUUUGAAGUGUUUGAACUGGAAGGCAAUGAUGUGUGUAAGUAUGACUUCGUGGAGGUGCGCAGCGGCCUGUCCCCUGAUGCCAGGCUGCACGGCAAGUUCUGCGGCUCUGAGACGCCCGAGGUCAUUACCUCACAGAGCAACAACAUGCGCGUGGAGUUCAAGUCCGACAACACGGUCUCCAAACGCGGCUUCAGGGCCCACUUCUUCUCAGACAAGGACGAGUGUGCCAAGGACAACGGCGGCUGCCAGCACGAGUGUGUCAACACCUUUGGGAGCUACCUGUGCAGGUGCAGGAACGGCUACCGGCUCCAUGAGAACGGGCAGGACUGCAAAGAGGCCGGCUGUGUACACAAGAUCAGCAGCGCAGAGGGGUCCCUGGUGAGCCCCAACUGGCCUGACAAAUACCCAAGCCGGAGGGAGUGCACCUGGAACAUCUCUUCAACCGCGGGCCACAGGGUGAAACUCACAUUUAAUGAAUUCGAGAUCGAGCAGCACCAGGAAUGUGCCUAUGACCACCUGGAACUGUACGACGGGCCUGACAGCCAGGCCCCCGUCCUCGGCCGUUUCUGCGGCAGCAAGAAGCCGGACCCUGUGGUGGCCUCGGGCAGCAGCCUGUUUCUCCGGUUCUAUUCGGAUGCCUCGGUGCAGAGGAGAGGAUUCCAGGCUGUGCACAGCACAGAGUGUGGGGGCAGGCUGAAGGCCGAAGUGCAGACCAAAGAGCUCUAUUCCCAUGCCCAGUUUGGGGACAACAACUACCCGAGCCAGGCCCGCUGCGACUGGGUGAUCAUGGCGGAGGACGGCUACGGCGUGGAGUUGAUCUUCCGCACGUUUGAGGUCGAGGAGGAAGCCGACUGCGGCUACGACUACAUGGAGGCGUUCGACGGCUACGACAGCACGGCGCCCAGGCUCGGCCGCUUCUGCGGCUCCGGGCCAUUGGAAGAAAUCUACUCUGCAGGGGAUUCUCUGAUGAUUCGAUUCCACACUGAUGACACCAUUAACAAGAAAGGCUUUCAUGCCCGGUAUACCAGUACCAAGUUCCAGGAUGCCCUACACAUGAAGAAAUAAUGUUGUUCUUGAAAAACAGGAACUGAGAAUGUUUUUAUAACAAUAGCACCUUGUGAAUCUGCCCUAAAGCAGUGUACAGUAUUAUUCUCAAACAAAAACUCAAAAUCUAGCCUUGGAAGUGUGUGUAUCUGAUGAAUUUGGCUGAUCUGGCCAGAACAAGGAGGGGAGAAGAUAUUUCUUUGAUUCCAGCCUCGGUGUUACCAAUCAUGCAGCUUUAAAGAUUAAGAUUUGAUGUCACUGGCUAUUUAAGCGUUGCCUGUUUGUCUCCUUGCCCUUUGCCCCUAUGAGGCAGAAGCCUACCCUUGGGUGACUCUGUUUCUGGAUGUGCUUCCUUACGUGUAAGGACACAGGCUGACUGUGUCUUGGGAGUCGGGGCAUCUUCCGUCAGCGCUAGGCAAUGAGGAUAAAAGACUGGCCAUAGCUCACGUGUUCCUCACAGCUUUGGCUGGAGACAUUAACUCUCUGCCAGGGACACAUCACCCAAGAAGCCCAAGAAUAUGGGCAUUGGGACUAAAACAGGCAUUGCAGCAAGCAUCAUGCAGAGGAAGCUGGUGUUUGAGGAUCACUGUCACAUAGCAAGGAGACCCCCAACUUGUCCUCUGUGUCUUCAGCUCUCCUUGCUCAUGUUGGGUUUUCCCUAUCCCUAAUUGCAUUAAGGGUCCAAGGCAUCUGCUGUGACUUCAGCAGAACAGUUGCUGGUGAGAGUCCCUAGUCUUCCGAAAAGAAGACGUCCUGACUUGUCCUCCUGCCCUCGCUGACUUGGAGAAGACUCCACGUGGCCUUGGGAUUCCAUGGGCCAAUAAUAUCUCUUUUUCCAGCUUUGGAGGCCCUUGCUGUGGUUGACUUCCACUCUUGACAACCAAUUCCAACUGUAUUUGCAAAACGUGCAAAGACAUCUUAUGGGGGACCAUUCAGGUCCCUCAUGAGCAUCAGUGAAAACUGGUUAAUUAUAAGUUAUGUAAGAAUCAACACUUUGUGGAACAAGUCUACCUGUGACUAACUUCCUGAAGCUGGUUGGGUUAAAGAGUGCAUUGGUAACACUCAAGACUAACCAGCAUUCAGUCACCAACUUUCAAUUAGAAUUCAUCACAAUUGGCACUCGCUUUGGAGAAGUGGAGAGGAUGUUGUUUACAUAAUUUUAGAACCUCUAGGUGUACUUUAAACAGUGAGGUAGUUUUGAAUGGCAUUUCAUUAAGGCAUCUAUGGGCAUUAUGAGCUAAAAGCUGUGGUAUGUUAGCUUUAAAAAAGAGUAUUUAUGUUGGAAUAAUUUUAAAAUAAUGUUUACAUAGCCGUAAGUCCUGUGUGGUUGCUAUUGAACACAGGAUUGCACACGAGAAGAUUUUUGGUGAGAGUUGAAAUUGCUCCCCAGCACCAGAAUUCCUUGGGGACGAAUCAACAUCAUUCGAAACAAAAUAUUUGCAAAACAUUUAAAGGUGAUAUUUUUGAAAAUCAGAAUAUGGCCCCAAAGGACUAUGUUUACUUAAAAAGAUUGCUGGGACUUAAAAUAAAAAGACAUAAAAAAAUAAGAAUACAAGAAAGGUAGAAAAAAAUGCAUGGGAAUAUUUUUUCCUUAAAACAGAAAAAAAUCAAAGUAUUAUUAUUAAUUAUAAUAUAUGUCUGUAUAUAUGUAUGUAUGUAAAGGAUCAACUGUCAGAGCCUUAAUCAGUGCAGUGUGAUAAAUGCUGACCCAUAGGCUUGACUGAAUAGGCCCUCCUGGACCGGCCUUGUGUUUUAUGGGUCUACUUUUACCAAGCCUUUCUUGGCCUUUCUUGGCCCUGGAGGGAGGUUCAACCUGCAUUCUUAUAUUGCGAUCUUUCACAGCCCCUGUCCCGGAGGAUCUUUGAUUCAGCACUUGGAACAGCUUGUUAUGUGGUUCGGGUCUUACCCGCCUCAUACGGUGGAUUCCAUUUCUCUGAUUUUUUGUUUGGGGGCUUUUAUUUUGUCCCAUCUGAUCUUCAAAGUUGACACCAAAAUCAGGAUGCAGAAGGUGGCUGUUAAGGGUCUCUCGCUGAGGACUUGAAAAUUCUGUAGUUUCAGCCUUUAGAAGUCUGAAUAAGAUUGAUGAAUUCCCUGGAAAAGUGAGAGGGAGUCAGAAACAGAGUCAGCUCUGCCUCUGUCUUUGCUGCUCUCGUGAAACAAUGGUACUUGUUUUUCUCUCUCUAGUAUGAUUUCAAAAACACACAGCUUCAACCAUUAUCAACCUGUGGCCAAUUGGAAACAAUGAGACGCUUAUGAAAACCUUUCUUUAGGCCUUCUGUGAGUGACGUAUUCCCAGAAAAGACAAGCUCUGAUUCAGCUGGGGCUGGCCAGACAGCUUCCCUGGAAGCUCAGAUUCACGGAACAUACACACAGCGCAGGUUCUGCAAAGAACUGAACAGAUGGCUUCACGAGAGAAAGUCCACUCAGCAGAAAGACCCAGGCCCCUGCCUUGGCUCUUCCAAAUGCUCAGUGACCUUUCUGUACACAUCCCACGGGACAUUACCUCUGCCUGCUUUGUCCUUGGGGCUGUUGCAAAGCUCCAAGCAGGUUGACUUCAACUCAGAGAAUUCUCUUGAUGACCUGGUGAAACAUUUGGGGUCCAGGUCUUCAGCCUGAUCGAAUUCUAGUGUCAUCUGGUCUAGCAAAUGCUAGAACCUGGAUCCCAGGGCGGGGUGAGGAUCUGGAAUUAACUUCAGCCUGUGGAAUUUCUCCAACCAGAGAAGGAGGCUGUGCAUUGAUUCACCAUAAGACGGUUUUCCGGUUUUCCUCUAAAGUUAAGUUUUAUGUUACUCAUGAAAUGCUCAACCUGGUUACAUCAUGUGUAAAAUCUUGUUAACUAGCAAAUCACCCUGGGGUUUGCCAUCAAUCUGGUCCAUUUGAUAAAUCUCAGAUAAUUCGUGGUAUUGUCAUUGUUCAAUGUGUGAACAAGUGUUCCCUAGGCUUUGGCAGAUGGUUUUCAAGUUUCCUUUGUAGACUGAACUUCUGAAAAAUAAUCCCAAAUGCCUAGAAGAUUUCUUUAAAAAAAAAAAAAAGAAAGAAAAACCGUUUAGAGGAUUAUCUAUAAAUAUACUGUAUUUUUUAUCUUGUGUAAUUGUACGUUUCAUGAAAUGUCAGUUUCAAAAAGAAAGUGGAAAGGAGCUAACAUAUGUCUAGAAAGAAUUGUUUCAUUAAAGAAUGUGGAUUUAUCGACA